AUGUGGCUGGAGGACGUCCUCCUGGGGGCCUUGAGCGACGGUGUCAACAAACCCACGCUGAUCCUGCUGAACGUGGUGCUGACCGCCUGCGCGCUCACCCUGCUUGGCCUCCUGUACGCUGUGGGGGGAAGCUCGCCAGACCUCCUCCUGCACCUGGGCGCCGUGCUCCUGCUGGCAGUCGGCCUCACUGCCUCCAUCAACUGGCUGGUGAUCCAGACCGGGACGACGGCCGUGGAGGAGCAGCGCAAGGCCAUCUUUGGCGAGGGCGACGCGCGUGAGAAGCCGGAGUGA